AUGGCACACACCACGACGAACAGCGAUUGUUACUGGCUUCACGGCAGUUAUACAAUGCGCAAUAUCUAUGAGAAAUAUUUCAGCAACGCCGCUUCAUGCUCACAACUUCGAUUCGAACUACGAUUACGAUUCGUACCAAGCGAUCUCCAAGAGAUGUAUCAAACACAAGCCGAAGCGUUCAUGUUUCUUCAUGAGCAAGUGCUAGCCGACUAUUUGGCUCAGGUCUCAUGGAGAUUACCAAACGAAACAGCAAUGGAACUCGCCUCACUUCAAGUUCGAAAAAGGCUAGGCAAUUUAAAUGUAUUAGCAAUAGAGAAAAACGUUAGCUUUGAAGAGUUGGAAGCUGAAGGCAUACUGACGCGAUAUUUGCCUGAAACAAUUGUUGUCAAUACGAAGCCGAAAGCACUACGCAAGUCGUUAUUGUCAGCAGUUAAGCGUAACGCAGCCCUAUCACCAACCGAGUGUGUUCUGCGAUUCCUCAAAAUCGUUCUGAAAGUAUCACAGUUCGAUGUGGAAAUAUUUCGAGCAUCACUUGGGGCAGGAUGGACAUCACCGGUCGAUAUACUUGUUGGAAUGCGGAUUGGGAUUUCGUUCAAUACCGAAAUCCAAUGUGCGCCCACGCUAAUCACUCAACUGCACAAUAUCACUGAAAUAUCAGUGCGAAAGCUGGACGAAAUAUCCGAAAAAGCCAUCGUACAGCUACGAGUCACCGGAAGCUCUCAGCCAUUGGUUCAUGAGGACUUCAGCUAUUUUGCGUAUUGCAUUGAAUUUCAGUCAAUAACGUUACCGAAUUGGUUAAUCGCUGAAUCGUUGGCACAUUUGAUAGAUGGUUACCAAAUGUUGCUGUCGCAACAAAACUCUGUUUGGACUCCGCGAGAGUUGAAAUGUCAUGCGGUUGCAUCCGAAUUCUUUGCUCAGUGCGAAUCAUUAUCCUUGCCACGUCGACAGAAUGGCGACCAACGAGCAGAUGAAUCCAAUAACGCAAUGGAAAUACAUCGGACUUUAUCACUGAAUAUCGAUUUGCACAUUGAUCGAUCGCGUGUAUCGUUGGAGGAGUUGCUGGGUGACGGACAAUUCGGUAAUGUCUACCGUGGUACUUACACUCAAGAGUCUAAUACUUCACAAGCUGUGGCCGUCAAAGUGUGCAAAGUUGACAGUGAACCGUUGGAAAUGCAAAACUUUCUCGAAGAAGCAUGUAAGUGCCAGUCAUCGUAUAUUUAUGCGCAGAUUCUGUGUGAUCACAACAUUUAUUUUCUCGUGCCAUUUGAAUUUUCUGCUCAAGAACACAAUUCCGGAGAAAAGAGGAUGCAUACGAUGCGUUAA